CAAAUCACAAUUCACAAACAACAACAGAUUCUCAUCUCCUUUUUGACACUUCCAAUCCAUAAUAAGUACAAAAUUAUAUUAUUAUUAUCAAAUCACUUACCCCUUAAUUAAUAAAUAAAAAUAAAAUAACCUCUUCUCCACCGUUUUCUCUCUCCACCCUACCCCCGAAAACCCUCUCUUUCUCUCUCCUAAACUCACCGGAAAAUUCAACCCUCUUCCCGGAAUUUUCCGGCGACUCAUCGGAGAUGGUUUCUCAAGAAAACCCUAAUUGGUUGUAUGAUUAUUCUUAUAUGGAUGAAAUUCAGAUCUCUGUUCCUGAUUGCAAUUUUGCUGCCCCUAAUUCUGCCUUCAAUAAUUGUCAAUUGCAGCAAGCUUUGACUGUUCCAAUUAAUGUCAGUGCGGAUAUAGAUGGAACUUAUGGUGAUUCAGAGGGCCUCAAGGAGAAUAACUCAAAAAAGAGGGGAAGAUCUGAAUCAUGUGCUCCAUCUAGCUCCAAAGCUUGCAGGGAGAAGGCACGUAGGGACCGGCUUAAUGACAAGUUUAUGGAAUUAGGUUCAAUAUUGGAACCUGGUAGAACCCCCAAGACCGACAAGGCAGCCAUUUUAAUUGAUGCUGUCCGAAUGGUGACUCAAUUAAGGAGUGAAGCCCAAAAGUUGAAGGACUCAAAUUCGAGUUUACAGGAGAAGAUCAAGGAAUUGAAGACUGAGAAGAAUGAGCUCCGAGAUGAGAAGCAGAGGCUGAAAGCCGAGAAGGACAAGUUAGAGCAGCAGCUGAAGACCAUGAACACCCAACCUGGAUACCUUCCAGGCCCAACUGCUAUCCCAGCUGCUUUUGCUCCCCCAGCUCAAGCUCCGGGGGGCAAGUUGGUGCCAUUCAUGGGAUACCCAGGAGUUGCCAUGUGGCAGUUCAUGCCUCCAGCUUCAGUCGAUACAUCACAAGAUCACGUGCUCCGUCCACCAGUGGCUUAAUUGGUUAUGUCCUUAGGCCUUUGUUCAGAUUUACUAUCAUGCCUUAAUGAUUCUCCCUUCCCUCCCUCUCUUUCUCUUCUUUUUGGGUUCAAUUGUCAAUUUGCCAUUUGACUGUGCACUAUUUUGUGUGCUGAAGUCUACUAACAAACUACAUGUGAUGAGAUGUGGAAUGUGUAUCUUAACAGUGGAACUUCAAUGAAUAUGCCGCUUCUGAUGGUUAAAAAUGAAAGUGUAAAAAUGUCUGAAUUAGUAAUUUUUUCUCCUGUUUUAUCCAUCCCAUCCUGUAAAUUGGUUCUUUUGCCCUUGGUUGACUAGUCUUAGAUUCUACCUGGGCUUCAUUGUUUUGAAUGUAAGCGAUUCUUUGAACCUUUAUAAGGUCGCUGGAAGAACAAGUAAAUGCAAUGUCAUGUUGACUUGCUUCUAUUGGAAA